UCAGGCGCACAUGCGCGCACACAGAGCGGGAUGUCCCGGCGCAAACAGACCAAGCCUCAGCACCUUACAGCGGGAGAGGAGCGAGAGGACUGCGGCGGAAACACGCACAGAGUGCUUUUGAGUCAAGGCAGUGGAGAGGAGAGUGGCACCGAGAGCCACAGUGGGAAUGAGGAGACUCAUGUUUGUGAAAAGUGCUGUGCUGAAUUCUUCAAAUGGUCCGAGCUGUUGGAACACCAGCAAAAAUGUCCGAAGGAGCCACCUGUACUGAUCAUCAAUGAGGAUAAAGAAAUUCCUGCUCCUCAAGGAUCUCCCGCAGCAUCAUCAUCAAAUGCUUAUAGUGAUCUAGCUGAAACAGAAAACAUGGAACAAGAAUCUGAAUCAGCUCAGAAGGAAGAUGAACAUUUUCCUGAGGAAAAUUGCACAGUAGAGGCAGAUGAUCCCAUGGAUACUAAUGCACCCAUGGAUAAAAUUUCAAACCCAACCCCCUUUUCACCUGAUUCCGGUGACACCACCAACUUUUUACCAUUAUCAUCUGUGAACACUAACUGUGUUAUACCCAGCACAAAUGUAACCUUGGAGAUCCUUCACAGCACCAGAGUUGCAGUUGCCCAGUUUUCCCAAAGUAUCCAAGGUAAUGGAUCUGGAGGGAAGGUAAGCUCAGUGGCAAUACCCAUGAUCCUGGAACAGCUGAUUUCUUUACAGCAACAGCAGAUCCAUCAACUGCAACUUAUUGAGCAGAUCCGGAGCCAGGUUGCUGUAAUAAACAAGCAAACUACGCACCCAGCUUCUAAAGAAUUGCCUUCUGUCUCUUGCACCUACCAGUUUCAGGGCAUAGCUCCUCCUCCUGUACUUCAAUUAUCUGGAAUCAUGCCUUCCACUUUAAAUGGACAAUCUUCUGUAUUCCAGACAUCCUCGCAGUCACAUUAUAAACAAUCCAAUCCUAUAGGUAACAACAGUACCUCAGUUUCCUUAGCAAACCACAAUCCUCCUGCAUCCACUUGUACAGCAGCAUCUUCAUCACUGGUACAAAGCAGUGGUGCUCAUCCCAAUGCUACUCACCCCCAGCAUCUGAAAUCUCCAGGUCUUAUUUCUGUAAUGCAGAAUAACGUCAAUGAAACCUCUGCCAACUUACCACUGCUACCUCAGAGCCCUCCUAGUGGAGUAAUCUUCCCUAACCCACUUGCUAGCAUUGCAGCCACUACUAAUGCAUUAGACCCACUUGCAGCAAUGAUCAAGCAUAGCAAUACUACAAUACCCAAUGUUUCCAUAUUUGACACCAAACCCAGCUCUGAGGACCCCUUUUUCAAACACAAAUGCAGGUUCUGUGCCAAGGUGUUUGGCAGUGACAGUGCCUUGCAGAUUCACUUGCGAUCUCAUACAGGUGAGAGGCCAUUUAAAUGUAAUAUAUGUGGCAACCGUUUCUCCACUAAGGGAAACCUGAAAGUGCACUUUCAAAGGCACAAAGACAAGUACCCUCACGUACAGAUGAAUCCAUACCCAGUGCCUGAAUAUCUUGAUAAUGUUCCAACUAGCUCUGGUAUUCCCUAUGGAAUGUCUUUCCCACCAGAGAAACCAGAGUCACCAUGGUUAGACAGUAAACCUAUCCUACCAUCAUUACCUGGUAGAGAGGGCUUACAGUUACCCUCAACAAUUACAAAUAUGGAAACAUCCUGUGAUUCCUUAAGUAAGUUUAACAUGCCUACAGGAUCUCCUCAGAGGUCUUCACCAGAUGGAAAUGAAACUGCACCAUUGUCACCAAAUGUCAUUGGCACUGAGACAGAUCUUCCUAUACAAUCAGAUUACCAUCCAGAUUCUCCUGAGAUGACUGUAUCCAUCCAGGCAAACAAGGAAGGAGUAACCAGAACAGUUUUAAAGGCUGAAGAAUUUAAAUUUACCACAAACUGUAUGACCACACAAGAUGAACAUUCAGCUUUUACAAAUCAUAAUCAUCAAAAGUUUACAUCAACCAAAAUAGUGACAAAAGAAGAUAUUCCAGAGUCCAAUGAUGUGAUCACCUCAGUGAUGAAACCCUCUUCACCUUUUCAAAUAUCAGAGCAGGUUAAAGAUAGGUUUCCAUUUGAUGGAGUCAUAGAAACAAUGCAGACCUCAGAGACAUCAAAGCUCCAGCAGCUGGUUGAGAACAUUGACAAAAAGAUGAUGGACCCCAAUAAGUGUGUGAUCUGCCACCGUGUGCUUAGCUGUCAGAGCGCGCUCAGGAUGCAUUACCGGAUUCACACUGGAGAAAGGCCCUAUAAAUGUAAGGUGUGUGGUCGUGCCUUCACCACAAAGGGCAAUCUGAAGACUCAUUUUGGUGUCCAUUGUGCAAAGCCUCCUCUGCAGAUCCAGCACUCCUGUCCAAUUUGUCAGAAGAAGUUUACCAAUGCAGUUGUACUGCAGCAGCACAUUCGCAUGCACAUGGGAGGCCAGAUUCCUAACAACCUUCAUUCUAUACCAAAAGAUGCCAACCAGGAAAAAGAAAAUAACUUCAUUUUUGAAGAAAAGAGCUUUGAUAAUACAAAUCUUCAUGAAGAUGAUGGUCUUGAUGAAAUGUCAUGUGAAGAAGAGGGUGAUGCUUUAGAAAAUGGUGAAAACCUCCUUAACUCUUCAUCAGGUUGUUCAUCACCAAAUUCACCAUUACCUCCUGUAUCUGAAGGCAAAACUUUAAUGGGCGACAUAACAGUUAGUGCCAGUUAUUUUACUGAACACAAGCUGGGAAUGAGGAGCUGGCUGGAUAAAGGUCAAGAUAGAGGCUCCACUUCCAUUGAAGAUCUAAAAAAUCCUUUCAUGCCAGAGUCUGCCAACAUCAGUCAUAGGAGUCUGCCACCAACAAAAUGUCAGCCUGAGGUCAAUCAUGAUAUUUUGCCAAACUUCACUUCAGAUAAGCACAAACUGCCAGUUAAGUGUGAAAUAUCAGAUUCACUAACCCUACAUCCGAUGAAUGGAGCAGUGCAUGAUCAGACCAGCAAAUCUUCAGUCAAGGAACAUGGAACAAGCAAGUCUCCAGACAUGGAUACCAGCAAUAUACAGGCCCCAGUUAAAAUGGAGAUGGAGAGCUACAAUAGGUCAUACACACCUAAAGAAAGUCCUUUUCCUGCAUUUGGAUCCAUUCAGCCUUUACCUUCACCCUCUGAAGCAAUGAUCCCAGGUAUGACUUCGUUAUUUGGAACUCCACCACCACGACGAACCCCCAAGCAACACAAUUGCAAUGUAUGCGGGAAGAACUUCUCCUCAGCAAGUGCCCUACAGAUCCAUGAGCGCACACAUACUGGCGAAAAACCUUUCGCUUGCACCAUCUGUGGAAGAGCUUUCACAACGAAAGGCAAUCUCAAGGUACACAUGGGCACCCACAUGUGGAAUAACACGCCUGCUCGCAGAGGUAGGCGUUUGUCUGUGGAAAAUCCACUGGUGCUUCUGGGUGCCGAAGCUCUCAAAUUAAACGAAGUAUUUCAGAAGGACCUAGCAGCAAGGGCACUGAACGUGGAUCAGAACUUCUGGAGUCGAUAUGCUGCAGCCAUCAGCAAUGGAUUAGCUAUGAAGAACAAUGAAAUUUCUGUUAUCCAAAAUAGAGGGGUACAUCCGCUACCUAGCAUGUCUGCGGCUAUGGACAAGAGUAACGGCAACAGCUCACCAGUCAGACCCCUUAAAAAGACAAGUGUAGACCUUGUUCCUGGACGGCACUUCUCAAUGAUGAUUGAUGAAAAGGAGAUGAGAAUAAAUUAAAUUUGAAGAGAGGGAAGAUAUAAUUAUAUAUGCAAAGAGAUAUUAAA